GAAACAUUUUGCUAGAGAAACCUGUGUCACUAACGUUAGUCCCUGUGUCUGCAAGAGCAACACAGUAUGAGGGCGUCUGGCAAUCAUCAGCCUCUAGUUCUGCUCCAAAAAUUCGUUUAUCAGAAUCAUCAUCAUCUCAGAGACGAAGCCAAAGUGGAAGAAGCAAUAAAAUAAGCAGCGUUGAUUCGUUGAAGGGGGAAAAGGAACAGAGGAAGGAGAAAAGCCGCUUCCGUGCAAUUGUCACUAUCUUUUGGAAUCAGGAUAAUCAAUGCUUCUGCUUCUUGCAUUGCUGUCCUCCAUUUGAAGAAUCUUAUCAGAAAAUGGGAAUCAGACAUUGUUGGCAGGAGAUCAUUGGAUUUUUUCUCUUCUGUGACCUUCAGAAAAACAAGAGUUUUGAGGAUUCUGGGAAGAAGCCCGUGACGGUUGGGCCAUGGGGAGGCAGUGGAGGAUCCCGUUGGGACGAUGGGAUAUAUUCUACAGUCAGGCAAUUGGUGAUUGUUCAUGGCGCUGGAAUUGACUCCAUACAAAUUGAAUAUGAUCAAAAAGGGUGUUCUAUCUGGUCGGGUAAACAUGGUGGAAGUGGGGGCCUUAAAACUGACAAGGUCAAGCUUGACUAUCCUGAUGAGUACCUAACAUCAAUUCAUGGAUACUAUGGCAGCUUAAACCAAUGGGGGACAACCUUUGUUAGGUCACUGAGUUUUGAAAGUAACAAGAAGAAGUAUGGACCAUUUGGGGUUGAAGAAGGGACAUAUUUUUCAUUCCCUAUGGCUGGAGGAAAGAUUGUUGGGUUCCAUGGCAGGUGUGGUUGGUAUCUAGAUGCCAUUGGAGUGUAUCUGAAACCUUUGCAGCAGCAAAACCCAUCAAACGCUUUACUUCAUUCACAGAACUACUUGUCCAACACCAAUGAACAAGUUGGCUACUCUGUGAUACAAGGAAGUAUGGGUGAAAGCUUUGAUAUUGUUCUUGCUGUAAGGCAGAAGGAUGGUUUUGGUAAACCUAUUCCAAACAGUUUCCCUACCCCUCCUAAGAUUACUGAAAUAAACGAACCUGAACCCAUCAAACAUCACAAAGAGAAGGUACCAAUCACCGUUAAAUAUAACAAAGAGAAGGUACCUGACACCAUUAAAGAUCACAAAGAGAGGGUACUCAACACUAUUAAAGAUCACAAAGAAAAGGUACCUGACACCGUUAAAGACCGUAAAGAGAAGAUUGCUCGUGCGGAUAAGGUACCUUCAAAGGUUGAAGGCGUGGUGACAUAUGGACCUUGGGGUGGUAAUGGUGGAAGCAUCUUCGAUGAUGGAGCCUACACCGGAGUUAGACAAAUUAACUUAUCACGCAAUGUUGGGAUCGUGUGGAUAAGAAUUUUGUAUGAUCAAGACGGGGAAGCCAUAUGGGGAAAUAAACAAGGUGGGACAGGAGGGUUUAAAACUGACAAGAUAGUCUUGGAUUUUCCAUCUGAAGUAUUGACGCACAUAACUGGUUACUAUGGACCUGUGAUGUACAUGGGACCUGCAACGAUGAGGUCACUCACUUUCCACACCACCAAGAGGGUGUAUGGACCGUAUGGAGAUGAACAAGGAACCCAUUUCACCACAAAGAUGAAAGAAGGGAAAAUAGUUGGCAUCCAUGGGAGAAAAGGUUUGUUUCUAGAUGCUAUUGGUGUGCAUGUAAUUGAAGGGAAAGUAGUAACACCAGUAUCGGGUACACCUCCUUGCAAUGCAAUCGUCCCUAGAGAACCCAGCAUUGCUGAAAUAGACAAUGCUCUGCCUCGAAAACUGGUACUUGCUAAACAAGCACCAUUGGAAGAGGUUUCUUAUGGUGUUAUAAAAGAACCAGCUCCUUGUGGACCAGGUCCAUGGGGAGGGGAUGGAGGCAGACCUUGGGAUGAUGGUGUCUUCUCUGGGAUCAAGCAGAUUUACUUGACAAGGGUAUCAGAAGCCGUUUGCUCAAUUCAAAUUGAGUAUGAUCGAAAUGGUCAAUCUGUUUGGUCUGUGAAGCAUGGAAGUAAUGGAGGAGAAACAAUGCACCGGAUAAAAUUGGAGUAUCCACAUGAGGUGCUGACUUGCGUAUCUGGGUAUUAUGGACCAAUCGCUAAAAAUGAGAGACAAGUAGUGAUAAAGUCACUGACUUUCUUUACAAGCAGAGGAAAGUAUGGACCUUAUGGUGAGGAAGUAGGGAUGUUUUUCACUUCAACUACAACAGAAGGGAAAGUGGUGGGCUUCCAUGGGAAGAGUAGCUUGUACUUGGAUGCAAUUGGAGUCCACAUGCAACAUUGGCUGGGAAGUCAGAAAACCUCAAAGUCCUCGCUUUUCAAGCUAUUCUGAUUUUAAAAAAACUGGACUGUUUGGUUUAAAGGAGUAAGUUUCAAUCUGAAAGGAAAUUAAAGCUACAAGGUGAGCAAACCAUGACAUAACUAUUUUUGAUUCUGUAUACUCUCUGAAUAAUGGUUGUGGUGAGUGUUGUCCUGUCAACCAACAGUGAGAUUUGUUGGACAAUUCUGAAUAAUGUGUGUUUGAAUGCUACCAAUUUAAGAAAAAAUAUAAAACCAUGCGGUUUCUCUGUG